AGCUAACUUUUCUUUCUACUUUUGCUUCAUUAAACUGUUAUGAUGUGACUUCAUGUAGUCCGAUAUUACAGUAAAGCAGUAAAAAUAAUAAUAUAUUUUCGUAGUGAUUUUCAAAGAAUAUAUAACAAAACGUUAGAGAAGAAUAAUAAAUAUAAAUUUGCUUAGAUAUUGAAUUGUGUCAUAUAUUAAAACUAUACAAUAUUUGCUGAAUGCUAUUACACAACAAUAUUUAACUACUAUAUCAACUACAUAUUUUAACUAUACAAUAAAGUUUUUAUAUCCUAUAUAGUUUUUAAUUAAGAAGUUUAAGAAAAUGAUAAAUGAUAAUUAAACUGAAUUCUAAUGAUUUAAUGGGAGAUAUAAGAAUUUGUUAUAAAUAAAUGUACGAUCAGCGCAUUUUUAAUAAUCAUUUUUUUUUAUCGUUAAUCAGCAUUUGUAAAAAUGGAUAAAACCAAACAACGACAGAGUAAUAAUAAAAAUGGAUUAUCUUGGAUUUAUAGAAAGAAAGCAAAAUUACGAAGGGCUAAAAAUAUAACACAAAAUGAAGAUGCUGAUACAGAAUUAAAUAAUUCUGCGACAAGAAUUUUUGUUCGUAAUCUUCCAUGUAGGGUAAAAGAAGAGGACAUUAAACGGUUGUAUGAAAAAUAUGGAGAAAUACAAGAAAUAAUUCUUCCUUGCCAAUCAAAUUCAUCACUUAUUGGAUAUGCGUUCAUAAAAUUUAAACGAAUGCAAGAUGCAUCCAAAGCUAUAUUUAAUACAAAUAAAAAAGAAUUUUUUGGUAGAAUAAUUACUAGUGGAUGGGUCGUUGCAAAUUCUAAACUUUAUAAAAAGAUGAAAAAUAUCUCUGAGAUUAAUAAUAAAAAUAAAUUCUCUUUUCCUUCUUCCAAAAGACAAAAUACAGAUAUAAAAAAAGGACAUAAAUCUUUGACCUUACGAGAAACUGAUAUUUCAAAACAUUAAAAAGGAAACAUUAAUUGCCACAUAUGAAUUGAUACUAUAUGUAUAUAUAUAU